UUGUGAAGUCAAGAUUAUUAGAUCUUAUGACCGGGCAUCGCAAGCCUACUGCACAGCCGAGCUUAUAUCCUGUUAUUUUUCAGUUGCCUGCAUAACCGGGAAGACCUUUCCUGUUCAUAGCUCUAUAAUUAAUUGAAAAGAAUUCUCAAACUUGAGGUUAAGAAUGACCCAGAUGAAAUCAAAGCUUUGUUCCAGAGCCAAUGUGUACACUCAAGUGCCUGACGGAGGAUGGGGCUGGGCGGUAGCUGUUUCUUUUUUCUUCGUGGAAGUCUUUUCCUAUGGCAUCAUCAAGACCUUCGGAGUCUUCUUUAAUGACUUAAUGAACAGUUUUGAUGAAUCCAACAGCACGAUCUCAUGGAUAGUGUCGAUAUGUGUCUUCGUCUUGACGUUUACAGCUCCCCUGUCCACCAUCCUGAGCAACCGCUUUGGACACCGGCUGGUAGUGAUGGUGGGAGGGCUGCUGGUCAGCACCGGGAUGGUGGCCGCCUCCUUCUCCCAGAAGGUUUACCACAUGUACAUCACCAUCGGGCUCAUCUCGGGUCUGGGCUACUGCUUUAGCUUUCUGCCCACCGUCACCAUUCUGUCACAAUACUUUGACAAAAGACGCUCAGUAGUCACUGCUGUCGCUUCUACAGGAGAAUGUUUUGCCGUGUUUGCUUUUGCUCCAGCCAUCACGGCUCUCAAGGAGCACAUCGGCUGGAGACACAGCCUCCUGUUCGUGGGCCUCCUGCAGCUGAACAUCAUCGUCUGCGGGGCACUGCUGAGACCCAUCAUCAUCAGAAGGCCAGUGUCACCGAAAACAGUCACCCACGAAAGCCGGAAAGAAGUGCAAUAUAUGCUUGAAAACGAGAAAACCAGAACCUCAAUAGACUCCAUUGACUCAGGAGUAGAACUAACUACCUCACCCAAAAAUGUGCCUAGUCACACGAACCCAGAACUGGAACCCAGGACUGACCUGCAGCAGACCCUGGUGAAGGCUGGCUCCAAGCCAGGGGACCAGAAAGCCCCGCUGUUGGACUUCUCGAUUUUGAAAGAGAAGAGUUUUAUCUGUUACGCGUUAUUCGGUCUCUUUGCCACCCUGGGGUUCUUCGCCCCUUCCCUGUACAUCAUUCCUUUGGGCAUCAGCCUGGGCAUUGACCCAGAUCGUGCGGCGUUUUUAUUAUCGACAAUGGCGAUUGCUGAAGUUUUUGGUCGGAUCGGAGCCGGGUUUGCCCUCAACCGAGAGCCCAUCCGCAAGAUCUACAUUGAGCUCAUCUGCGUCAUCCUGCUGACCAUGUCCCUGUUCGCCUUCACCUUUGCUACUGAAUUCUGGGGCCUCAUGUCCUGUAGCAUAUUUUUUGGGUUCAUGGUUGGAACUAUAGGGGGGACCCACAUUCCGAUGCUCGCCGAAGAUGACGUGGUAGGGAUUGAGAAGAUCUCUUCUGCCGCCGGCGUCUAUGUCUUCAUCCAGAGCAUCGCAGGGCUGGCAGGUCCACCCCUGGCAGGUCUGAUGGUGGACCAGAGCAAGAUCUACAGCAGGGCCUUCUACUCCUGUGCAGCAGGCAUGUCCGUGGCUGCAGUGUGCCUCGCCCUGGUGAGACCAUGCAAAAGGGGACUGUGCCAGCGUGGGCACUCAGAAGAAGCGCAGGCUGAGCCCCAACGGGGGAAGGCGUUACAAGACAUACCCGAGGACUUUCUGGAAAUGGAUCUUGGGAAAAACGAGCAAAGAACUCAAGUGAAAGUAGAGCCAGUGUAACAGGUUUUCCUGUAACAGCAGCGGCCAUGUUGGCUGGGAAGGGGGUGCUGCAAGGACCACAGGGAGGUAGGGGAGCCGACACCCCCCUUCAGACCUGCAUUUUAAAGGGAAUGUGUAUGCAAACAGCACUACCAACAUUUUUUUCUUUUUGCCCUAAGUUUUCCUUUUUGCUUAUUUUUUUUAAGCCAAAACAAAAAUAACCAAACUCUCUUCUGUGUAUAAAUCUGGCUGUAUUCAGUAGCAAUACAAACUCAUAGAAGAACUCUGGUUCUGAUCCAGUAUUAAAAGAGUGACAAUGAAUUG